UGUUUUCAAAAAGUGACAAGGAAAAUUGCUAUCGUAGUGAUCCGGGUUAGAAUAUAAACUGUUGAGAUUCUCGUAUAACCUGAUAAGACCGUAAUGGCAGGUAACUUUUGGCAAAGUUCCCACCAUCAACAAUGGAUUUUGGACAAGCAGGAUUUAAUUCGAGAACGGCAACAUGACCUAAAGUCGCUUACCGAAGAAGAGUAUCAAAAAGUGUUCAUGUUUUUUGCAAAUGUAAUUCAAGUACUCGGAGAACAGCUUAAAUUACGCCAACAAGUCAUUGCCACUGCUACCGUGUAUUUUAAACGAUUCUAUGCAAGAAAUUCUCUCAAAUGUAUCGAUCCGUUACUGCUUGCACCGACUUGCAUAUUGCUUGCUUCGAAGGUAGAAGAGUUUGGUGUCAUUUCCAACUCCCGGCUAAUUACUACUUGUCAGACGGUUAUUAAAAACAAGUUCAGCUACGCAUAUCAACAGGAGUUUCCAUACCGAACGAAUCACAUUUUGGAAUGUGAAUUCUAUCUAUUGGAGAAUUUAGACUGCUGUUUAAUCGUAUAUCAGCCUUAUCGACCAUUGCUCCAACUGAUUCAGGACAUAGGCCAGGAGGAGCAGCUGCUUACGCUAACAUGGCGACUAAUAAAUGAUUCCUUGAGAACGGAUGUCAGUUUGCUGUAUCCUCCAUAUCAGAUUGCUCUAGGUUGUAUGCAGAUAGCAUGUGUUAUUCUCCAGAAAGAACUGAAGGCUUGGUUUGCUGAAUUGAAUGUCGAUAUGGAAAAGGUUCAAGAAAUUGCUCGCGCUAUUCUAAAUCUAUUUGAACUUUGGAAGAGCUACGAUGAAAAGGAAAUUCAAGGGUUACUGGAAAAAAUGCCUAAACCAAAACCAGCUCCGCAACGGUGAUUCUUUGUAAUCAAAUUUAAACAAACUAUCCUAUGCUCUCGACUAGAAUUAUGGUGAAAUGAAAUGCUGUUCGUAAUAAGUUUGUGUUAAUUUUACCACGAAUAUUAAUUUUCAAGUAUGUUUUAAAGCUUGUUUCUCAUUAGCAUAUAUACAAACAUUUAUUAGUAUUUUUUCGAAAGAAUGAACUGAUAGAUUAAAUAAUUGCACAGUUUCGUAGAAGUACUAUAAAUCUAACAAAAUAAAGAGUUCUAGUUGACAAGCUGGAAAUAUACAAGAAUCAGAUAUAGUGGAUAAUGACUAUAUUUAACACCAACAUUAUUGCGAUUUUUCCAUUAUAAAUUCUUUAAAUUGUCAAGUUGAAUGAUGAUUGCAUUUCAAUAACUCCAAAGAUUAAAGCCGUCGUACAGGUUUAAUUUCAAACUCACUGAAACAUAACGGUGGAGAUAAUUAUGGAAGAUUAAAAUUUUAUUGUCAUGAUUUCGGAUAUUUUGAACCACAAAACACUAAAUCAUACUAAUAUUGCGGAAAAUAUAUGUAAAUUGUUCUUCAUAAGACUGAUAUGCGUGUAUUUCGAUAUACAUAGUAAGAGUAUCACAUGAUUAUAGUAAUGCAUAUUGACGUCGUCG